AUGGAACCUCACUUGUACUACGCCAUCAUCUUGUUGGGUACGGCCGCAGCAGUAUUCAAAUUCUUCUUAUAUCCCGCAUUCUUUUCUCCCUUGGCAAAGAUCCCGAAUGCACACUGGUCUUGCAGUUUCAGUCCUUUCUGGAUUUUCUGGAUGAAAUGGACAAAGCAGGAGAACAGUCGGAUUUACAAGCUCCAUCUGGAGAAAGGCUCGACAAUUAGGCUUUCACCAAGCCUAGUUAGUGUGAAUUCUUAUGAAGGAUUGAAAAAAAUCUAUCAUGGAGGUUUCCCCAAACCGGAAUUUUACUUCAACGGGUUUGCCGUGUACGGUACCGACAACCUUUUUACCAUCAAGGAUAAUCAAACUCAUGCUGCGCAUAAAAAGGCUCUAUCGAGCUGCUUCUCCAAGUCGUCUGUCAUGUCAUCCCAAACUGCCCGGGGCGCUUCUCGAGACAUUUUGUUCAAUCGCGUUCUUCCCUUGAUCUACAAAGCCUCCACCGAAGAUAAGCCAAUUGAGGUGAUGGAUCUCACGUACUCCUACCUCCUCGAUACUUUUGUCCAGUGGCAGUUCGGACGGUCGCUAGCCAGCAACUUGGUUGAAGACGAAAAAGAAAGGAGAUUUUACCUUGACGGAUUUCUUGGUGUGGCUGAAUACACAUUCUGGCAAUAUCACUUCCCUCGCCUAGUUGCCAUGCUCCAGAAAGUUGGAUUUUAUCUCAUUCCCAAGAGUGCCCUGAAUGCUUUUGAAGGUGUUGAGAAAUGGAAUCUGGAGAAAUGCGAUCAAGCCCAACAACUUCUGGCAAGUGGAAAACAAUUGACAGUAGAUGAUCAACCGGUCGCAUUUGAGCCAGCACUGAAGGGGAUGAGCGAGGUUCACGCGAAGCCCCAAAUGUACCCGAAACGGCUUCCGUUGGCAAGUGAUAUGUUCUCUUUGAACUCCGGGGCAUUCGAGACAAGCGGCAACACCUCCACCUACUUGCUGUACGAGUUGAGUCGACGUCCAGAGUGGCAGACCAAGCUUCGUGAAGAACUACUCAGUCUCAGUCAGCCUUUGAAGCAUAUACCCGGAAAGAGCGUUGAGAUCGAAGAUAUCACGAACCCCCAGGAUAUUGACAAGCUGCCGGUCCUUCAAGCAGUCUUGAUGGAAACUCUUCGACUUUGGCCCUCGGUGCCUGGUGGUCAGCCCCGGGUAGUGCCGCGGCCUUGUACCUUGGGUGGCUACCACAACAUCCCAGCUGGAACGACUGUGCAAUCCUACGCGUCUGUUCUUCACCGGAUGCCCGAUAUUUUCGCUGAACCUCUCGAGUGGAAGCCGGAGAGAUGGCUUGAUUCAUCGCCGGAACAGUUGGCUCUCAUGAGGAAAUGGUUCUGGGGAUUCGGCAGUGGUGGAAGAAUGUGCCUGGGAAUUCAUUUUGCCUAUUACUCAAUAAAAUUCUUCUUCGCAAGCAUUUAUUCCAACUUUACUACCACCAUUCAUGACCACGGAGAUAUGGAAGCCAGUGAUGGUUAUCUUGCAGGUCCCAUAGGUCAUCGUUUGGAACUGAAGUUCCACCUUUUGGAAUGA